CGCGUAAAAAAGAGUACAGAAAUGACGCGCAUCAGUUGACGAACGGCAGAGGUGUUUUAUUUGUAAAUUAUAUUUUUGUUGACACUUAGUGGAUUAUUUACUUUCAUAAGUUCUUGUUAACAACCAGGAAAUUCAUAAUAUUCACUGAAUUUCGUGUUCCCUAAUAUUUUUAAGCUUCCACGUAUGCAUUUGUGACCUAACCUAAUUGAUUUCGAGCCUAUAUUUUGUCAUUUAAAUGAGUGAAAAAUGGGAAAGUUUUCGGAGAUCAUCUGGCCGUCAGAAUAUUCUGAUCUGAAGAGAAUCGAGGAACUUCUUGUCUGUGGAAUAUGUUACGACUACAUGGAGACGUCGGUAAUGACCCCAUGUUCCCACAAUUACUGUUCCCUCUGCAUCAGAAAGUACCUGCACUACAAGAAUCAGUGCCCAGCAUGUUUUCAAGACACCUUUGAGAAGGAUUUACACACUAAUCGAAUCCUCGACGAGAUAAUCCUCUACUUCUCAAAGAUCCGGGACAGAUUAGUCACCUGCAUUUCAGGGGCAAAACGUGUCCUUCUGGACGAUGCUCAAACGUCCCCGAUAUCACCACCAGUGCGUCCAGCACGAUCCAACCACCAAAAAUCCCCAGAUUUCCGUCCAAAGCCAGAAACACCACCAGACGACUCUCCCAAACUCCCCCAGCCCCCAUUCAAAUCCCUGUGCAGUCCCAGUACAAGUGGCACCUCAAAGGUCGCCUCCUUCUUCACCUCAAAGUCCCCAAAGUUUGAAACUACCAGAACCCUCGUCCCUUGUCCUGUUUGCAGAGUGAAAAUAUCAGAGCUCCACAUAAAUCGGCACCUGGACGACUGCUUGAAGCGCCAGACCGAACCAAAUCGUCCCCCAAGAGUCGAGACUAAACGAAAACCUCUUCCCAAACUUGUGUUCUGCCUGAUGAAGGACACCGAGCUUAAGAAAAAAUUGAAACUCCUGAAUCUCUCCAUCCGAGGCGACAGAAAGACCCUGGAGAACAGAUAUCACCGCUACUGCACCCUCUACAACGCAGAAUGCGAUAAAAUAUCACCCAGGAGUAUUGAGGAGCUUCUGAAACAAUGUGAGGAUGAGGAGGAGCUCGAGAGAAAGACUCAGGCGGCAAAGUCAAGUGCUUCCAGACUCAAUAUCUCCAGGAACUCUAAUCAAAACGUCAUCGAAGCAGCGCAACGAGAGUACCUCGAAUCCAACAAGGAUAAAUUCGAUAAUUUGAUCAAGCAAAUAAAGAGCAGAAAGACACCGAAACCUCCUGUCAGGCGUUCACUCAUCAGUGAUAAUCAGAGUGUUAAUGAGAAUAACGAUAAUGAUGAAAAUAGUGCACAUAAUGAAAACAGUGAAAAUCAUGAAACUACUGAAAAUAAUGAACACAAUGAAGAUCAUGAAAAUAAUGAAAAUAUCGUGAAGAGUCCAGAUAAAUGGAGCAAAGAUAUAUUUGAGAAUGCCUUCCAAAACAAUGACUCGAAUGACUCCUGUCUCCUUCAGACCUACACCAGUGAGCACCCCAUGAAUUUCCUGGCUCUUGGCAUGAGUGACAACAGCUCGAGUCCAAAGAAAAUGGAUAAAAUAAUCGAUGAAUUACCUAGAGCAUCAGUGGAUAAUACAAUUAGUAAUGAAAUUACCAGGGGAGAAAGCCAAUCGGUUUAUGAUCAGACGACUGAUCCUGAGACCGAUGACGAUCAGGGGAACAAAGGGAGUUUGAAAAGAGCUAAAUUGAGUUUGGAGGAGGAAAGGAGGAUGAGUGAGGCGAGAAUUUUGGCAAUGACUAUUGCUCAUGACUUUUGCGAUGAUGAUAGCAGUGAUGCGGAGGCUAAUGGGUCGGGAAGGGGGGACAAGGAGAAUGACGAGGGGGAGAGUAUUGCUGCUCGCAGACCUGUCAGGAAACGUAAUCAUCCGUCGAGAUUUAGGGGUAACGAGGAGAGGGAACUGUCUAACAGGCUGACACCCAUUGAUGCACUCAGAGAGGAAAUUAAUGGGAAUAAAGAUACGUUGGCUAAAGGUGAUGCCACGUUGAAGAGACGACGCAGGCGUAAGUGUGGGAGUGACCUCGAGGACCAGGCAUUACCCCCUAGAAGACCUGUCCGAAAACGAGAGGCCAGUGGCUUGCAGCAGUGACUGAUGGAGGGCUUCAGGGCAUCAGGGCAGUACCAGUCUUUUAGCAUUUCUUGUGGGUGACUGUAACUUACUGGAUGAAAUAUUAGAUUUAUUAUAUUUUGACA